ACGGAAUGCAUUAAUCAAUGGUAGCAUUCCUUCUGAUAUUGGAGACUAUGAAGAUUUAAAGAUACUGGAUCUGGGUUUCAACAAUUUAACAGGCGAACUCCCAAGUUCUUUGUUCAGCAUGAGUUCCCUUACAUACUUGUUUCUUGGAAACAAUAGCCUGUCUGGACCUCUUCCAAGCCAAAAGAGCAAUCGACUUCCGACUAUUGAUUUGUCUUACAACUAUUUAUCAGGAAGCUUUCCCCAAUGGGUAACCACAAUAUCGCAACUGAACUUAGUGGUCAACAACUUCACAUUUGACAGUUCAAACAUAGAUCUUGCCGGAUUGAAUUGCCUCCAGAGGAAUUUUCCAUGCAAUCGAAAUACCCCUCUAUAUGCAAACUUCUCAAUCAAGUGCGGAGGACCACAAAUGAGAGGAAUUGAUGGCAUAUUGUAUGAAGCUGAUCAAGACUCAGCUCUUGGCCCAGCAAAAUUUUAUGUAACCAGUACACAGAAAUGGGCUGUUAGCAAUGUGGGUUUGUUUUAUGACGGAAACAAUCCAUCAUUUGUGGAAACCACCCUUACGGAAGUCACCGGUACAGAUGUGACCCCAGAGCUUUUCCAGACUUCAAGAGUGUCCCCAAGUUCACUGAGAUACUAUGGCCUGGGUCUUGAGAAUGGACCUUAUACCGUAACAUUGCAAUUUGCAGAAACGGUUUAUACUAGCCGUGCUACACAAACUUGGCAUAGUUUAGGAAGGCGUGUAUUUGAUAUCUAUAUUCAAGGGAACCUCAGAAGGAAGGACUUCGACAUAUCGAAGGAGGCAGGUGGGGUUAACAGAGCAAUUAAGAUACCCUUCAAGGUUAAUGUGACAGAGAAUUACCUAGAUAUUCAUCUGUUCUGGGCUGGUAAGGGAACAUGUUGCAUACCUAAACAAGGUGUUUACGGCCCGCUAAUAUCGGCUGUCCAUGCUGUUUCAGAUUUUACACCAACUGUUUCUGGGCUUCCACCAACUACUCCAGGAAAGAAGAGCAGGACUGGGUUGAUAGUUGGUAUUGCAGUCCCUGUUGGGGCUGUGAGCUUGCUAUUAUUAUUUGCAGUUCUAUAUAUGACGAGAAAAGAAUCAGAAAAAAAUGACGAUGAAGAUCUUCUAGGAUUAGGAUUCCGACCAAAUACUUUCAGUUAUGCUGAGUUGAGAGCUGCAACAGAAGAUUUUAAUCCUUCAAAUAAGCUAGGAGUGGGAGGAUAUGGACCUGUUUAUAAGGGUACACUUUCUGAUGGCAGGGUAGUGGCUGUGAAGCAACUUUCAGUAGCAUCUCACCAAGGGAAGAGUCAAUUUGUGACCGAGAUUGCUACGAUAUCUGCAGUCCAACAUCGCAACCUAGUGAAAUUGUAUGGAUGCUGCAUUGAAGGAAGCCACCGUAUUUUGGUUUAUGAGUAUCUUGAAAACAAGAGCCUUGAUCAGGCACUUUUUGGAAGAAAUGACUUGCACCUUGACUGGCCUACCCGCUUCAAUAUAUUGUUGGGAACAGCAAGAGGACUUGCUUACCUUCAUGAGGAGUCAAAGCCCAGGAUUGUACAUCGAGAUGUCAAAGCCAGUAAUAUUUUGCUAGAUGCAGAACUCUCCCCUAAAAUAUCAGAUUUUGGAUGGGCAAAGCUUUAUGAUGACAAGAAAACACACUUGAGCACCCGGGUUGCAGGCACAAUAGGCUAUUUGGCGCCGGAGUAUGCAAUGAGCGGACGUCUAACAGAAAAGGCUGAUGUUUUUGGUUUCGGGGUUGUUGCUUUGGAGAUCCUCAGCGGGAGACCAAAUUCUGACGACAACUUGGAUCCUGAGAAGAUUUAUCUUCUUGAAUGGGCAUGGACUCUAUAUGAAAACGACCAGAGUCUGGGGCUGGUGGAUCCGAGAUUGACAGAGUUUGAUGAAAAUGAUGCAACUAGAUUGAUAAAAGCAGCUCUCCUCUGCACUCAGGCUUCACCAAUGAUGAGGCCAUCGAUGUCACGUGCAGUGGCAAUAGUUUCUGGAGAUAUUGAAGCAAGCACUGUUAUGUCAAAGCCAAGUUAUUUGGCAGAUUGGGAUUUCAAAGAUGUAACCACAAGUAGCUUUUUGGUGGAUGAUGAUACCUCAUCAACUGAAAGCGAUGUUCUCCUCAACCAUCAGCUUGAAGGGAGCACAACUGGUGCUAGCCCCGGGAUUGACCCUGCCUUGUCUCCGGUAAAUGUGACUGGAUCAAUGCUCACUGGCAUUAUAGGAGAAGGAAUGUGAGAAGUAAGAAGUUUCCAUUGUCUUUCCUUUGCUGUAAAUCUGGGACUCUCUGACUGCUAAAACUUUUCUACAUUUUGUACUUGUCUUUGUGUCUUUCUGCCUUUAGUUUA